UAAUCCUCACGUGAUUAGAAGCUGACGUGAGCCCAAGUUGUUAUAUAUCCAGGUUUCUUUCUCCUCUGGGUACGAGCUCUUUACUGCCCUGAAUACUCGUGGCCAAGAAGAAGAGAAGUCCAGGAAUCUGUGUUCACAGAUAACCCCUGACAGGAAAACAAGUGAGAAACUACCCUGCGUUUAUUUACACAGUUAAUCAGGAAACAACGAAAUCAUGCAAAGGUCCUGCAACGAAAAAGAAGGGAAGCCCAAGUGCAGUGAGCCAAAGAGGGAGGAGGAACAUCCCUAUGGAGCCUUUGAAGGUCAGCGACUGGAAGGGAAUUUCAGACAGAGGCUGCUCCAGUCUCUGGAAGAAUUUAAAGAAGACAUAGACUAUAGGCAUUUUAAAGGUGAAGAAAUGACAGGAGAGGAAGAAGAGAUGGAAAGGUGUCUGGAAGAAAUAAGAAGUCUGAGAAAAAAAUUUAGGGCUCUGCAUUCUAACCGUACCCACUCUCGGGACCGUCCCUUUUAAUGCUGUAGCCUCAGAAAUUAUUCUCUGUUAUUAAUAUUCCCACUGCUUUCUGCUUUCACUCAUUUUCAUAAAUAUUUGCUAUCAUUUCAUGUUGAUACUUCAGUUUUGCUUUCAGCCAUGUAUAAACCUCAUGCUGUCCAUAUCUCUCACCUUUCAGUUCCAUCCCACCGAUUUAAUACGAUUUAUUUUUUGUUUAUUUGAAAGGACAAUCAUCUCGUAGUUUAUUUUAAACCAAAAACUGCACGCUAAAAAGCAUUAUGUGUACGUCUUAUGUGUUUCCUUAUGCAUGACACCAUGCCAAAGAGGUUAAUCUAUGUGAUCUGGAUUCUCUAUCUUACUUUCCACACAAUGAAUAUCUGUAUUUGUGUUAUUAAUUUUGUACCACAAAAGGGAAAACAGUUAGACAUAAAUGAAAGAGGUUUAUCAGUUGCUCUUGGAAAGCAGUGAAGCAGCAAACUUUUAAUAACAGAAGUAUAGGAAAAGCCAAUUGCAAAUUGCCUUUGGAUUUCUUAGGCAGAGGAAUAAACUGACCAUUAUAAAAUACAAA